AUGGGAUCGAUGGGAUCGAUGGGAUCGAUCGAUGCGAUCGAUGCGAUCGAUGGGAUCGAUGGGAUCGAUCGAUGGGAUCGAUGGGAUCGAUCGAUGGGAUCGAUGGGAUCGAUCGAUGGGAUCGAAGCGAUCGAAGCGAUGGGAUCGAUGGACUCGAUGGGAUCGAUCGAUGGACUCGACGCGAUCGAUCGAUGGGAUCGAAGCGAUGGGAUCGAUCGAUCGAUGCGAUCGAUGGAAUGGGAUGGGAUCGAUUCCAUCGAUUCCGUCGAUCGCGAUCGAAUCGAAUCGAUCGAUCGAUCGCGAUCAAAGCGCGGUCUGGGAGCGCGAGAGACGAAUCGGCGCGACGGAUCGGCGGAGGACGACGCGACGACGACGGGCGCGGCGAUGCGGUACGUCUCCGUGCGAACGGAAGACGUGCGACGGGAUGCGAUGCGACAUCUCGGUGCGCGCGCGGUGGAGCGUGCGACGGAGACGUUGACGGAGGAUGCGCAAAGACGAGUGAGCGAUGGGUUGACGACGACGAGCGAGGGGGGAUGGGACGUGGGCGAGAGCGAGGAGGAUUCGGUGACGUUUGACGAUGGGAUGACGGGAGGGAGACGACGGUCGGAGGAUGGAGGGAUGACGGCGCGGGAUAUCAUAGAGGCGGUGCCCGUGGUGCGAUGCGAGGAGACGAUGGGGUGGACGGAGGAGGCGCGCGCGAGACGAGACGCGGGAGACGCGGCGUACGGAACGGUCAAGCCGAUGAAGAUUCGCGUCGAAGACGACGGCGGGGCGAGGGAGAGGUUGAUGGAAAUUGAAACGUCGAACGUUCAAAAACCGAGGAUGCGCGCGAUGGAGGUGCCGGUGAUCGAGGACGAGGACGAGACGAGGACGCGUAUUCGAUCGGCGAUUCGACAGGCGAGCUUCGAGACGGCGUCAGAAACGAUAUUUGAUCUCGAUGAAGACGCGUUGAACGCGCUCGAUUGCGUCGAGAAUGAUUUGCAGAAACGAUAUGACGUCGAUCGUUCGGAUGAAGUGCCGCGAGAGACGCCGUCGGAGAAGAUGAAGGAUUUCUUGAGCCUUUUCCCGAGGUUGCGCGAAACGUCAUUCGCGCUUGACGGGAUGAGUCUUCUCGAGACUCCGCUCGCGUUCGCGAUGACUCUCGCCAAGAAAGUGGAGAUGUUACCAUGGGAGGGCGAAUUAAAGGUAGACAGCUCAUGGAAGGAUUAUUUGAAGAAGCUCUUACUUGGAGGACCGAAGGCGUUGCCCUCGAUAGAUCCACUCGAGGAAGCGAUGCGCACUGCGACAAUCAAUCCGCCUCCGGUGCGAGACGUCAACGUACCGACUUUGAUGGAAGUCGUGAAUCCGUGUACAGUUGAAACUGAUGUUAAGUCGGUUCUGAAGUCUAUGACGAAGCCAGUGAAUGUCGAAGCUCCGAUCAAUCAAGAUUUUGCCUUGCGCGCAAAGGAAAACCUGACGAAGAAGCUUCUCGAGGUUCCGAGCAAAAAGUUUGUGCUGGACCAAAUGCCCGUUCCGAAGACUGAUAAAGAAGAUGAUACGACUUUUCGGGCCGAACGCGCCAUUAGAGAUGUCAUCAAGAGCGUGGAAGAAGUGAAGGAGCGAGCGCCUGCCCUGUCGAAUUGGAAGGUUCCAUUUCCGAGCCUCAUGGAAUCGCUGGAGAAGUCGAGAACGCAAGAGGAUCUCCCAGCGAUGUUAGACGAGGUUAUAUUCGAAGAUGAAAACGGUGAUUGGACUUGGGAUGACAUACCUCAGCCACAUUCAAGCGCAAAUGAACCAGUGAAGACGACGAAAGCGUCAGAUCCGCGUUUGCCAACGCUUAGUGAAUCAAUAUCACUCCCAAACGCCAACCACGCGAGCAACACGUGUUUGAUCGAUGUGGUUGAAAUCACACUCGAUUCAUAUCAAGUUGAUCUGAUUCAAGUUUUAGCUCAGCGGUAUGCUUAUACGAAGCAAAUUUUACCCUUGGAUGUUCAAGCAAUGAUUCCAACUUUUCAGCUCGGGCAGUCGUCAAAGAUUUCGCAGUUUAUGAUGCAAUUUGCCCAUGAACCGCCAGCAAUCACUCGACAUCUGAAGAGUUUACUGUGCUGUCAAACCGCGGCGAAUCUGGUUCAAGUUUACGGUGUUCACAUGGCGCACACGUUUAUGCGAAACGAAGCCAAGGAUGAUCAAGACUUAGGAGAUAUCAAGAACUUGAUUGAACGUCAGGAUGUCUCCGUCUCGCGCGGCGAGUUUGACGAUCACCCCAAAUUACGCGCGCUGAAAACGUACCUCGCACGAUUGAUUGUGAGCGGGGGUAAGAUGCUUGUUAUUUUCCCCGAUACACUGAGUAUUCUUGCGGUGAGGCAGUUCAUCAGCCGUAUGAACAUGCGCGUGCGCCAGUUUGAUGGCAGGCAAGAGUUUACGAGCUUGCAAGAUGAAGACAUCGAGGAAUUUUCUCGCGCCGCACGAAUCAGUGCAACCGAAACGGACGUCUUAAUUGCGCUCGAAGCUCACGUCAAUCACGAGGCAUUUCCCUUGGAACUGUUCUCCACUUGUGUUUACUACGCUCCAUCUGCUGAAGCUCUCGAGCUUAUUCGUACAGUGGGCUCAAGUCGUUAUGCUGCAAAUCGUUUCGUGCACGCUCUCACGGUGAAGCAAGAUAGUCGUUGGUUAAACGAGUAUCUUGAACCGGCUUCUUCAGCCUUGAAUCACUCACGUGAACGUGUCAAGAGUGCCCGGGACACGAGCGCAGUUUAUGAUGAGGAACCCAACCUGUCACCUCCAAGAGAGUUCAAUGGAGUGCCGCGACAUAUGGUCGUGCUUAAUGUGGCGCGACAAAUCGUUGGUGCUCGAGAUCAUCUUUUUGCCGAAGUCGAGAGAAUUCUGAUCGACCACGGUUGCGAAGUCGUCCUGAGACCGUUCGCUAUUGAUGUCGACGCGUGUUGCACCAUCGGAAAUCAAGUGCACGCGGUGAUACUCAUCGUGCCUGAAUAUUUUGUCGAGGGAUUGCCGACUCAGCUCGAGUUAUUUUCACUGACGGAAGAUCUUGUCGUGGCUUUGUCUGAUUCGUUUUUGUCUGGAACAAUCAUCUUUGAAGGUGGCUUGGAUUUUUUACGCAUCGCUCAGUCACUCUGCAGACGCGUCUGCUCGGAUGCUCUGCGUCUGAAUAUUUCCAUCGAUUGCAGAUUUUGCGUGGAAGAAGAGGUUCUCCCGACGGUGAUAGACGUACUCUGUCCACAGAAUACGGAUCUUUCGGAAUUUACCGCACCAGUUCCAGUCGAGCCAUCGACAGAAGAGUUGGAGUUAUGCGAAAUGUUACCGCUACUCAACCCAAUUUCGGCAUGUACUCUCUUGGCUGAUGACAUUGUCCGCAGCGGACUUCAGACCUCAGGUGGGUUCACCCCGAAAGUCAUGGCGCAUCUGGAAGGUCAAGGAAACAUCGGUUGUCCGUUGAGCGUCCUGAUGAACGGGCGAAGAAUGAUUCAGCCCACCGAGAUUGCUUCGCCGGUGUUUUCACCGCAGACUCACGCUCGACCGCGAGGCCUGAACGAAGGCCACGCUUCUCGACCGAUCACUGACUUCCUCUCACCGAUCAAAAGGCAGCGGUUGGACGACUCUAUGGAAUUUGGUUCUUCAAGUUUAGAGUCGCUCUACAUGACGCCGAGUCGGCGCCCUUCGAUGGUUCAGCACAAAAUUCACAUUCCGUCUCCUGCGAUGGACCUUCGCAUCUCUCCGACGGCACCGCCGCGCAGUCUCAUGUCGCCAGAGCGGCCGUUUUCUCGCGUAAAUCCGUCGAAGAUUGACAUUGGCGGUCAAUUGUGGGUACCAAUGCGCAACAGUGGUGGUGGACCGUCCAAUAGUACCGCGACUCGCACAGUUAGAGGUCAGCCAUCGAUGAACGAAUUCCCUGAGAUGCUGGAGUCUUAUCGGAUGCCACCACCUCCAGAACAACGACACGCAUCAACGUUCGAGCACCGAGUCUCAACAUACGACCCGGAACGGAAUUUGACACAGCACAGAUUCACAAAGAUCUCCUCCGCAAAGCAACGAUUCCCAAAAAAAUGGAUGUGA